AUGACGGCAGUGGCUCAGCUGGCACCUUCCCCUCUGAAAGGGGCGCCGGAGCCGGCAGUGGAGUCAUGCCCCCUCCGUCGAGCUCUCCUCUCCUCGCCGGCCGGCAAGGAGGGAGAAUUGUUGCUGUAUCCUUAUGGGACAGACCAAGGUGACACAAAGAACCCCAAGACAGAUGAUGGAACAUCUCCAGAGAUCUUCAUUAAAGUUCCUUUCUCCUUCUAUGGCCAUGAUUACCACAGCCUCUACGUAGACAACAAUGGUUUGAUCACCUUUGGUGUGGCAGUUCCAGAAUUUGAAAUCACUCCUGACCCUUUACCCUUGGAUGGUGGACCACCUCUUGUUGCUCCAUUUUGGGCUGAUGUCUUCCCUCCUAUAGGUGGGAAUGUCUUCUGGCGGCAGACUCAGGACUCAACACUGCUCAGAUGCUGCACUACAGACAUCAAUGAGUACUUUCCUGAAGCCCCCUUCACGGCUGUCUGGGCCUUCAUUGCUACAUGGGACCGUGUGGCCUAUUAUGGAUCUAAAUCAAAGAAAGUCAACACCUUUCAGACUGUCUUGACCACCAAUGGGGAGUUAUCCUUCAUCAUGUUGAUCUAUGGUGACAUCCAGUGGACCACAGGGACAACAAAUGGUGGAAAUCCUAAGACGGGCCUUGGAGGAACUCCAGCACAGGCUGGAUUUGACAGUGGAGACAAAAUAAAUUAUCACGUCAUGCCCGGUUCCCGCACCCUUGAUAUUCUCCAUCUUGCCGAAACCAGCAAUGUGAAUGACCCAGGUCGCUGGGUGUUCCAAGUCGAUCAAUAUGUGACAGGUAUCAUCACAGAUUGCUUCUUGUAA